AUGGCUUUGGCGAUCCCAGUUGCUUUCGAGAACACAGUACACAAGCUUUGCCGCUGGCACAUUAUGAAGAAGUACAGGGAACACCUCGCUUACCUCUACAACCUCCGCGAAACCUUUAAGGAUGAAUUCACAGCAAUCCUCAACUGGCCCCUCAUGCCAACUGAGUUUGAGGAUUCCUGGAAAGCACUCAUGGAUAAGUACAACCUCCAUGAUGAUGCCAGAAUGGUGGCAAUGUGGAACGAGCGCGAGAGAUGGAUGUCAGCUUACUUUAAAGAAAUUUUCUGUGCCAAAAUGACGUCCACACAAUGGAGUGAGAGCAUGAACUAUGUGCUCAACAAGAACUUCACAAUUAAGGCUGCCAGCGUUCUUGAGAGAUACAUCCUCAGGAGAUACACCAAAAGCCCAAACAUCCAGCCAACAUUCAACAGAAAUGACUUGAGGAUAGUAGCAUCAAACAAGGCAUCCCAAUACUGCAUUGAAAGCACACUGCUGCAGCUGAACAUGAGGGUGCAAAGAAAAAGCUUCAGAAGCCAAGAUCAAAUGGCGAGGUCACGGUUCGUCAUGGAAAGACUUGAACAAGAACUCGACGCCAUGCAUUCUGCUGAAAAUGGAGGUGUCGCAGACAACGAAGCCAUUGAGCAGGAUAUUGCUACAAUCUUAUCAGACAUGAACCAUCCGUGA